AUGCCCGGGACCAAACGGCAACGCACAGGAAAAGCAACCGCAGCGUCUCGUGCCUCCGGGUCGGAGACGACCGAAGUGGCAAGCGUUUUCGUGGCAGCGCCGGCUGCGGCCUCUGAUGGCGCUACGAGCUCCCCGGUCGAUUUUUUGCGUGAUCAACUUGCCCAAGGCGACUGGAAAACUAUUGAAGAAUGGUUGGAAGCGGUCCCUGUCACGAUCAGUCGAGCGUCCCAGGUUGAGUCGGUCCUCGAAGCGCUAGAGGGGUACGUCGCAGCACGCCGCGGGGAACCGUUGACACCGCGGGAGGGUCUGACGCUCAUUCGAGCGCUCUGGCGUGGACUCAUGGCUCGCACUUCUGGAAUGCGGGACUGGCAGUUGCGUGCUCGAGCUAUGCGACUGUUGAGUGCAGCGCUACCAGUUGACGAUCGCUCGCACGUGAACUUGCGGAAUGCGUAUGCUUCUCUGGCACCGGGUUCGCACUGGCCUCGGCAGAUCCCGAACGUUGAAAAAGAGGGAGCGGCGCUCCACGCGUCAGCAUUUAUAUCCAGAUCAUCGCGCUCGACCAAUGAAACAGAUACAAAGGCGGAUAUUACCAAAACGACGACGAUAACGAUGUCUGGUCCCGAGCAGUCCCACGCAGACACAACGAAUCACUCUGAUGAUCAGCAGAAGCGAACGCAUGCUUCUACGCAGGGAAUGAGCACGGAAUCUACUCGCCCGGAGCAGCAGCCGAGCAUGGCACCGAGUCCGACUGCACUUGCAGCUCUGUUGCGGAUGCUCGGAGGUAACGUUCCUGUGGACGCAACUGACGCCAGCCGCGUUCUGACUGAUUUUCUCCCUGCACCUGGCGAUGGCGUUGAAGACAAGAGCUCCGACAUAUCGAGUUGGCAUCGAUCGAUUCAUUUCGCUGGUGUUCAGCGAUCGCUCAUCCAAACCUACAACUGGGUCGAGGCCUGUGCGGUGGGCGCUCUCGACGCCAGCCUUCUGGAGCAACUUCGCACGGAUGACUGUUUCCAGCUCUUGCUUUUGUUACGGAUUUGGAUGUUUAGCCUGCGCGUUGACCAUCCUUCAUGGGUUUCAUUGCGGAAAAUGAUAUGGCAGCGACUGGAACACCUAACGAGUCCUCGUUCUCUCCAUGUACUUCGACAUAUUUGCCAAGACGAAGAACAUCGAUGGAUGGUGUGGAAAGGUCGCGGAUGUCCUCGCUUUGAGCGAAAUGCGCUCGAACCGUGGGAUACAUCAGAUGCUCCUGGCGAUACCGCUGGUGCGACGGAUGCCCAGAUGAAUGGGCCAGCGUUGCCGUGGUUCCUCGUAGAAAUGCGAUCCGCUCCAGGACAAGAGAAUCUGAAUGAAACGCAUGGUCGUCUCGAAAUCGGCAGCCUGAUCGGCAUGAAGGAAGCGCUGACACCUCCGGUGACGGCGUGGUUUCGGUGUCGAUAUGCGCGAGCAUAUCGAAUAGAUUGGCUUUUAGCGGCAACGGAACAGCAGCUGCCGCUCGAAACUUUUCUGGACACACAAUUCGUUGACCUCGGAGCAUCCACAUCUGCAGCGCGAAGCGACGUCCUGCUGGGAAGCACACAGUACGGCUAG